AUUCAUAAAAACACAUACAUCAUCUAUCAUUCUUUCCGUCCUCCUUCCGAAGUAAUAAAUACAUCGAAGCUUCUCCCUUUCUCUUGUUUCUACAAGCAAAAAAAAAAAUCUACUCAUCCAAUUCAUGAACACCAUAACCACCCUCCCAACCACUCUAAAAAGCAAAGCUCAAGCUCUCAUCUCCACAAUGUCCCUCCCCAAAACCUACAAAGCUGCUCUUUUCGAAAAAGCCGAUAGUCCACUCGUUAUCAAAGACAUUGAGCUCAGGCAACCAUCCGUAAAUGAGGUUCUCGUGAAAGUCAUUGCAUGUGGAGUAUGUCACUCCGAUGCCGUCGUCCAAUCUGGCGGGUUUGGAAACGGGUUUCCGAUUAUCCCCGGCCAUGAGAUAAUUGGUACCGUUGCUGCUGUCGGAGAAGGUGUGCAGAAGUGGAAGGUUGGAGAGAGAGUAGGAGGUCCUUGGCAUGGAGGUCAUGAUGGCACUUGUAAACAGUGUAAUCGAGGACAAUUCCAAAUGUGUUCCAAUGGUGCCAUCAAUGGUGUCACUCGUGACGGGGGAUUCGCCGAAUAUGUUCACCUUCGAAGCGAAGCCGUAGUCAGAGUUCCAGAAGAUGUCGAUCCUUAUGAAUAUGCACCAGUUCUCUGCGCCGGUAUCACCGUCUUCAACAGUAUGAGAAAAUUACAAAUUACACCUGGUGAAGUUGUUGCUAUUCAAGGAUUGGGUGGAUUGGGACAUUUGGCUGUACAGUAUGCAGCUAAGAUGGGAUUCAAGGUUGUAGCUAUCAGUGGAGGUGACAAGAAGAGAGAGUUUGCUCACAAGCUGGGUGCUCAUGAGUACAUUGACGCAUCGAAGGAUGACCCCGUUAAGAAGUUGACCGAAAUGGGAGGAGCAGCCCUAAUUGUUUGCACGGCUCCAAACCCAAAAUCUAUUUCUCCUUUGACUGGUGGAUUGGGUGCGGGUGGAAAGUUGCUCAUUUUGGCUCCUUGUGGUGGUGUGGAGAUCAACUCGGUGGAUCUCAUCAUGAAGAUGGCUUCUGUCUGCGGUUUCCCAUCUGGCCAUGCGUUGGAUAGUGAGGAGGCUAUUGAGUUCACCAAGUUGCAUAAUGUUCGUUGCAUGAUUGAGAAAUUCCCAUUGAAGGAUGCUCAAAAGGCUUAUGAUCACAUGUUAAGUGGUGAUGUUAGGUUCAGAAGUGUUUUGGUCAUGGAUCAAUAAUUUUUUACGCGAAACGAAGAAAUGAAUAAUGGACUGGAAAUUUCUUAUGGCGGUCCGUCGCUUUAUACUCAAAAAUGCAAAAGCUAAUGGAACGAGAUUGAGUGAGGUAGUUAUCAAGGUAUCAAUAAUAUAUUAUCAAUAUUCGAAAAGAAAAUUUACCUUU